AUGGUAUCCAAGGCAUCUGUAUCAUUCGGUGGCAACAACCUCGGGCUUCAGAUUGGGAAUAACCACGGCUCGAUUCAUGCAGAAUUUCAUCCUCCUGAGCGACCGGAAACUCCGCCCAGCCCCUUAUCAACUGUCCCAUUCCCGCGUGAUCCAGAUUUUGUCCGUCGCAACACACUGGUUGAUCAAAUUCAUCACAAACGCACGGUCCCGGGGUCUAGAACAGCGCUGGUCGGCCUCGGCGGAGUCGGGAAAUCACAACUUGCUAUCGAAUACUCCUAUAUAGUGCGAUCCGAAUCGCCAGCGACAUGGGUUUUCUGGCUCCACGGGAGCAACGAGGCCCGCUUCGAGCAAAGUUUUCGGGAUAUCGCUGACGAACUUAAACUUGCCGGGCGUCGGGACCCCGGGGUCAACAUAUUUCAACAAGUGGAGAAUUUUCUCCGAGAUGAGAAGAAAGGGAGGUGGAUCUGUGUCAUUGAUAACGUCGAAGACGAAUUCCUUUGCUCAAUUCCGCCAGCUAGAAAAGACGACCCGACGAAAGGGCCGACAAAUACCCCUACUAAACCACUACUAGAAUACGUUCCUCGGAGACCAAAUGGAUUCACUAUUUUAACAAGUCGAAGUCGAGAAAUCGCGUUGAAAAUGGUCAAUGUCAAGGACCUCAUUGAUGUCAAGCCGAUGGAAAGAUCUGAGGCGCUGGACCUCUUCCAAAAGAAAACGGAUCGGCCAGAAGAUAGCCUCGAGAGCCAGCAAUUGGUAGAGAUGUUGGAAUUCAUGCCGCUAGCGAUCGUACAGGCUGCUAGCUAUAUUCGAAAUAGGGCGCCUCGCUGUUCGGUAGCACAAUACCUGAGAAAAUUCCAAGAGAAUGACCGUGAAGCAAUUAAGCUUCUGAAAAAGGAGGCAAGUCACCUCUCCCGAGACUGGGAGGCAAGUAAUUCGAUUCUGGUGACGUGGCAACUAUCAUUCGAUUAUAUACACCAAACCAAACCAUCUGCAGCGGGAUUGCUUUCUCUCAUGAGCUUUUAUGAUCGGCAAGGGAUACCGGAAUACCUCAUCCGGCAUCAACCUGAUCCUAAUGACAUAUCACUUUCAGAGCUUCAGAACGACUCUAGCGAUUGGGAGACAUCUGAAUCUGAUAUCGGCCCCGACUUUGAAGAUGAUAUCGCGACACUAAGGGAUUUUUCAUUUAUAUCUAUUAGUGAGAGCAGCACUUUCUUUAUGAUGCAUCGGCUGGUGCAACUGGCUAUGCGCGCAUGGUUGAAAUCUCAUGGACAAAUAAACCAGUUGCGAGAGAUAUUUAUUAAAACCCUGUUCGACGAGUUUCCCACCGGUGAAUACGAAAAUUGGAAGAAGUGCAGGUCAAUCUUCCCCCAUGUCAAAUCCGCAAUGUCACAACGACCAGCAUCACCCACGUGUCUGCAACAGUGGGCUACGUUGCUCUAUAGAGGAGCAUGGUAUGCGUCUGAAAGCGGUAUCAUCGCGGAUGUAAAAGAAAUGGCAGAGAAAUCAAGACGUCAAAGGAUGAUACUAUUUGGUGAUGACCAUGAAGAUGUUGUCGAUAGCACAGCCAUGUUGGCAACAGCAUACUGGCGUGAGGGCCGAUGGGAGGAGGCCGAGAAGCUUCAGGUACAGGUUAUAGAAAUUCGCAAGACUAAGCUCGGCGAGGAUCAUCCUGAUACACUGACGAGUAUCGCCAACCUCGCAUCGACGUACCGAGACCAGGGCCGGUGGGAGGAGGCCGAGCAGCUCGAAGUACAGGUGAUGGAGAUGAGCAAGAUGAAGCUCGGCGAGGAUCAUCCAGACACGCUUUCGAGUAUAGGCGAUCUAGCAUUGACGUACAGCGACAAAGGCCGUUGGGAAGAGGCCGAACAACUCCAGCUGCAGGUGAUGGAGAAGAGCAGGAUGAAGCUUGGGGAGCAUCAUCCCGCUACGCUGACGAGUAUGGCCAACCUCGCGUUGACAUUGUGGAAUCAGGGCCGAUGGGAGGAGGCCGAGAAGCUCGAAGUGCAGGUCAUGGAGACUCGUAAGAAGCAGCUUGGCGAGGACCAUCCCGAUACACUGAUUAGUAUGGCCAACCUAGCAUCGACAUUUUCGGACCAAGGCCGGUGGGAAGAGGCCGAGGAGCUCGAGGUGCAGGUGAUGAAACUGAGCAAGAUGAAGCUUGGUGAGGAUCAUCCCGACACGCUUUUGAGUAUGGCCAAUCUAGCAUCAACAUACCGGGACCAGGGUCGGUGGAAAGAGGCCGAGCAGCUCGAAGUACAGGUGAUGGAGACUCGUAAGGCAAAGCUUGGCGAGGAUCAUCCCGUUACACUGACAAGUAUGGCCAACCUCGCGUUGACAUUGUGCAAUGAGGGCCGAUGGGAGGAGGCCGAGAAGCUCGAAGUGCAGGUCAUGGAGAAGAGCAGGAUGAAGCUUGGUGAGGACCAUCCCGAUACGCUUAUGAGGAUAGGCAACCUAGCAGCCACGUACGCGGAUCAGGGCCGGUGGAAAGAGGCCGAACAACUUCAGCUACAGGUGAUGGAGACUUGUAAGAAGAAGCUUGGCGAGGAUCAUCCCGAUACGCUUUUGAGUAUGGCCAACCUAGCAUCGACGUACGGGGAUCAGGGCCGGUGGAAAGAGGCCGAACAACUUCAGCUACAGGUGAUGGAGACUUGUAAGAAGAAGCUUGGCGAGGAUCAUCCCGAUACGCUUUUGAGUAUGGCCAACCUAGCAUCGACGUACGGGGAUCAGGGCCGAUGGAAAGAGGCCGGGCAGCUUGAAGUACAGGUGAUGGAGAAGAGCAAGAUGAAGCUCGGCGAGGAUCAUCCCGACACGCUGGCGAGUAUGGCAAAUCUCGCUUUCACCUGGAAAUCCUCAGGUCACGAUUCCGAAGCUAUCAAUUUGCUGCGGAAUUGCUUAGCAAAGCGGAAACAGAUACUAGGGCCUAAUCAUCCCAAGACGGUAUCUAAUUCUGAGUCCUUGCUGGAAUGGGAAACGGAGGCGCUGAAUGUCAAUGCCUAUGUGAGGUAG